AUGGAGACACUCCAUCUCGAGACACCUGUGAAGUCCUGCAAAGAGAAGGUGAGGGCAAGCUUGGUCUUUGGCAUCAGCCUGUGCGCCGCUGUGGGCUUGUUUGCUAAGUUGGCUAACUUGGCGGCGGGGUCAGAGUGGUCAGAGCCUGCGGGACUGUUCCUUGCCAAAGGCGCCACUUCUCCAGCACCGCUUCUCGGUGAUGGCACCGCCGUGGACUGGUGGUUUGCUUUCAAGCCCACUACCGAUGCCUUCCCUGAAUGCUCCACCAAGAUUACUUGCAUGUUCGGUGGAAGCACCGAGUCUUACAAGGGCUGGGGCUUGCAGUAUGUCCUAUCCCAUGGCACCAAGGGGCAGACGUCUGCAAUGCAGCUUCACAGUGACUGCUUGGGAAACGGGGACGACCCAGUAGCAAAGACCUUUGCGCAGGUGUAUUCAGGCAGUGCGCCAAAUUAUGUGAUAUGGAACGACCAGUUCUAUGAUGAUCCGGAGCUCAACAUCCAGCCUCCUUGCGUCAAGUACUGUGCGGGUCCGUGGGGCCACAGCAAGGGGGUCAUGGCUUGGGAUGAGGAUGGUACUGGCUUCAUCAUGCAGGUAACCACACCUGAUUGGCCAGGGACGGGCUCUGCUUCAAAGCCUCGGAGCACUCAGGGUAACACGUUGGGGUGCGUUAAGGACGACAACAUCAAGGUUGCACAGCACUUCUUCGCGCUGCGUUUGGCAACGCUGGAUGACACACGCACAGUUCUGCAAGCUUUGCAGAGAGCGUCGGUUGCAACAGACCCCAGCAAUGAUCAGCUGGUGAAACUCACCUCUGGCCCGGCUGAGCUUUCCAGCUUGGCCAAGCAGCUAGGCCGGCAGGUCUUGGACAAUCUCACGCCGUUUUCCGAGACCCUCAGUGUAAAGACCACGAGCCAGGUGCGGCUCAUUGCCAAGCCUUCGGGAUUACAUGUGCCGCCCUGGCUCAUGGUCUCCUCCCUUCUUGGUGCCCCCUUGCGCACGGCCUCCUGGUGGGGAAAACCGGAGAUCAACUCCACGAAGGCUGGCUUUGUACCAGGCUGUUGGAACAAGACUUUGCAAGCACCCAAGGAAGUACAGGUGGCAUUGAGUGGCCAGUUUGGGGGAAAGACGUUUAGUCUUGAAGGGCACCCUACCACAAAUGGCAACCAUGCAAAGCUUGCACACAGCCUGUCCGGCUCGAAGCUGACGAUCUUGGCCGACAUGAAUCAGCAGGGAAGCUUGAAUGGAAAUGCCGGUGGCGAAGACAGCUGUGAAAUCUCUCAGAAUGGUCGUGGUGGCUUGUUCUUCGUGGUGGAAGACGACGUACUUCAUACUGGGAUGAGCGAACUUCUUAAGGGUGCGACAGCAGACUAUGCUGGCGGAUCGCCAGGCCCAUCCCCAAGCCCAGGCCCAGGCCCAUCCCCAAGCCCGGGCCCAAGUCCAGGCCCCAGUCCAGCCGGUUCUUGUGGCGGAAGCGGGGUGUCAUGGAGCACCUGCAAGUCUCGAAGUGGGUGCACAUACGUGCACAAGGAAGACGCCAAGUCUUGUGGCGUUGAAGGCUAUGGAUGCUAUGCGCCCUCGAGCCUUUCGGCCGCAUGCCCCAAGUCUAUGUGGGCAUAA